AUGAAGCCGCUUGAUAACAUAAUCAAGCUGUGGCGGAUAUCCGAACGUCAAAAAGAAGCGUAUAACUUUAACGUUUGUGAUGAAGAAGGUGCUUCAAGUUGGUCCUCAGAGACUCCUGAUUCUCUUCUGUAUGGACCACAUAUUCCCACUCUCCUACCCUUUGGCGAACUCCGCGUUCCUCGAUUUCGGAAGUCAUCCCAACUGAUCAUCGAAUCGCGCCUGCGCCGCGUAUUUUCUAAUGCACACGCAUAUCAUACCAAUUCGAUUUCAGUAAACUCUGAUCAAGAGACAUUUCUUUCCGCGGACGACUUGCGCGUCAAUUUAUGGCACUUGGAAGUUUCCGACCAGUCUUUCAAUAUCGUGGAUACAAAACCUUCGGAUUUGGAAGAUCUAUCUGAAGUGAUUACGUGUGCACGCUUUCAUCCUUCUCAAUGUCACUUAUUUGCCUAUUCAACCAGUCGUGGCGCCAUUCGCUUGUGUGAUAUGCGAGCGCGAGCCUUGUGCGAUAACCAUGUCUUGGGCUUGGACACCCUGACAUUAUCUCGACACAUGUACAGCCUUAAACGAAUGACUUGAUCAUGGACUCACACUCACGUCCCGCAUCGGCCGUCGCGCAAAUUUCCAAUGGGUUGCGUUUUUUCUGCAUACAGCAGCAUGGAUGAAUGAAACUCUACCACUGCUUUUGCCCCCUUUUUAGUCUGUUUCCCUUAUCCCCUCCUUUCCUCUAUUCCUAGUGUUCCUGAUGCAAUCCGCAGACUAAUUGACACCAACUUUGGAAUCAUUAAAGUUCUACCAUCUUCAGCAUACUGUAGACUCGUCUUAGUCAAACCCUUAUCAGGCCACACUACCUUGUUCUACUGGCGAUUUUUGCACUUGGAUACCUUAAUGCAGG